AUGUUUCGUUCUUCUUGUAUCCUCCUUUUCUUUACUCUUGCGUACUGUUUACCUCAAGAAUCAGCGUCGCUGUCUCUCCAAUCCCGUCAAUCAUGCGAGAAUAGUCCGACUUCAAGGGAGUGUUGGGGGCAGUAUAGUAUUGAUACGGAUUACUAUACCGUAUUUCCAGAUACGGGGGUAACAAGAGAGUAUUGGCUAGUUGCCCAAAAUGUGACCAUCUCACCAGAUGGAUAUGAAAGAAAAGCACUUGUGAUCAAUGGGACCAUGCCCGGGCCGACGAUUGAAGCCGACUGGGGAGACACCAUAAUGAUCCACGUUACAAACGAGAUGGACGAUGGAACUGCUAUACACUGGCAUGGGAUCAGGCAGUUCCACUCUGUUAUGGCUGAUGGUGUUCCUGGUGUCACCCAAUGUCCUAUUCCUCCUGGAGAGACCAUGACUUACAAAUUCAAAGCAACCCAAUAUGGGACAUCCUGGUAUCAUUCCCACUUCAGUCUACAACUCGGAGAUGGGAUGCUCGGUCCUAUUGUCAUCCACGGACCGGCGACCGCAAACUACGACGUUGAUCUUGGCCCGUUCGUAAUUCAAGAUUGGGGCCACGUCUCGGCAUUUACAAUCUGGACCGAUUGGACUCGACUAGACCAGCAGCACAAACUUGCGCUCUUCCAGCCAGCCUUAGAGAACGGCCUCAUUGGUGGUGAAAACACGUAUGACUGCACUAAAUCGACUGAUCCAGCCUGUACAGGACGCGGGAAACGGACCGAAGCCGUUUUCGAACCAGGAAAGAAAUAUCGUCUCCGCCUCGUCGGUGCUCAAAUCGAUGGCUACUUCAAAUUCACCAUCGAUGGCCACAAGUUUACCGUCAUAUCGAAUGACUUCGUACCCAUAAAACCAUAUCAAACUGAUAACGUUAUUAUCGUGAGUGGACAGCGCUAUGAUAUCGUUGUUGAAGCCAACCAGCCCAUCGGGAAUUACUGGAUGCGCGCGAUCUACCAGACCGCCUGCAAUCAGAACGACAAUGACAAUAAAGACAAUAUCCGAGGUAUUGUGAGAUAUGCUGGCGCAGCUACGGACGUAGACCCAACAACCAGCCAGUGGUCAGGGAUUAAGGACUCUUGCGGUGACGAACCCUACAGUAAUUUGGUUCCAUGGGUGAAGAUGGACGUUGGCGAAAGUUCAUACAAAGGAGACCUGCCAGUAAGAUGGUAUUAUGAAUUGAACCUGGCCUUCCACUGGACACUUGGUACCGGUACCAUGAUUGUCAACUGGUCUGACCCCACGGUAUCGCAACUUUACCAUGGAGACAACCAGUUUGAAGAAAACGACAAUGUCAUCCGGGUCACCCAGUCUGACAAAUGGACCUAUUGGGUCAUCACUGAUCAAACCAUCGUAAACGUCUAUCACCCAAUGCAUCUCCAUGGACACGACCUCUUUGUUUUAGCACAAGGAAGGGGUAUCUUCAAUCCAUUAACAGUGAAGUUGAACACCGUCAACCCGCCCAGGAGGGAUACCGUCUCAAUAGAAGGGACUGGCUAUUUAGUCAUCGCGUUCCUGAGCGACAAUCCGGGGUCAUGGUUGUUCCACUGCCACAUCGCAUGGCAUGCAAGCCAGGGGCUCUCGUUACAGUACAUGGAACGUGAGUCGGAAAUUCCUGGCCUCAUCGAUGCUUCGUCCGCUAGUGCCAUGGAUAGCCAGUGCGCGAAGUGGAGGGACUGGUAUAAGACAACGGAUCAUCCUCAGGAUGACUCUGGCAUCUAA